AUGGAGGCCUGGCUCAACGACUCCGGGGCUCUCGGCCUGCCCCAUCUCAAAGUCGCCGACUUUGCCCUCACCGGCCGUGGCGUGCAGGCCCAGCGCGCCUUUUCCGCCGGCGAGCGCAUCCUCACCAUACCCGCGCAGUGCCUGUGGACGGUCGAGCACGCGUACGCGGAUCGCCUGCUGGGUCCGGUGCUUCGCGCGCUGCAGCCGCCGCUGUCGGUGGAGGACACGCUGGCGCUGCACAUUUUGCUGGUGCGCGCGCGGCGGCGGCCGGACGAUGACGGCGCGUACGAGGCGGGUCGGAGGAGCCAUGUGGACGUGCUGCCGGACAGGUACACCAUGAGCAUCUUCUUCAGCGACGAGGAGAUGCAGGUGUGCAAGGGAAGCUCGCUGUAUACGCUGACGACGCAGCUACGAGGCAGGAUCGGGGACGAUUAUAAAAAGUUGCUGACGCGCGUGUUGAUGCGCCAUCGCAAUCUAUUCCCAUUGAGUAAAUUCGGCAUAGAACAUUAUAAAUGGGCACUCUGCACGGUAUGGAGUCGCGGCAUGGACUUUACCGUCUCCGAGGGAAACUCUUUGCGGCUUCUGGCGCCCUUUGCAGACAUGCUCAACCACUCAUCCGACGUGAAGCAGUGCCAUGCCUACGACCCUACCACCGGGGACUUGUCUAUUCUCGCCUCCAAAGACUACAAUGUCGGCGACCAAGUCUUCAUCUACUACGGGCCCGUUCCCAACAACAGACUCUUGCGUCUCUACGGCUUCGUGCUGCCGGAGAAUCCCCACGACAGCUACGAUCUCGUGCUGCAGACGAGCCCCAUGGCGCCGCUCUACGAGCAGAAAGAGAGGUUGUGGAAACUAGCCGGCCUGGAUACGGCCUGCACGAUCCCUCUCACUGCGAAUGAUCCGCUUCCUCGCAGCGUACUCCGAUAUCUACGCAUCCAGCGGCUCGACGAGUCUUUGCUCGGCGCCAUGACUAUGCAGAUUGCGACUGGCGCCGACGAGAAAAUCAGCGACGACAGCGAGACUCUGAUUUUGCAGUUCCUCAUCGACUCCAUCAGCGCCAUCCUCGAAGGCUUCAGCAUCCCACUCGACAUCUUGACGGCGCAGCUCGCCGCCGGCGACGUGUACCCCGUGGGAGGCAACGCCUGGGCAGCCGCGCAGGUCAGCGUCGGCGAGCAGCGCAUUCUGCGGCUGGCCAGGGACAAGGCAGAGCGCUUACUAUCCGCGGUCGACGGCGGCGGCGGCGACCAUGGUGACGCGCAGAGACGGAGGAACCGGUGCGCGCGAUGCGGAAAGGAGGAGGAGGAGGAUGGGGAGGAGGCGGCUACGCGGCUCAUGGCGUGCGGGCGGUGCAAGGCAGUUUGGUACUGCGGGCGGGAAUGCCAGGUGGGACAUUUCAAGGAACACAAGGCGCUGUGUCGAUCGCUGGCCGCGAAAAAAGUAAAGUAG